CAGGCCUGCAGCAGGAAGCUGACCAAGGCCGGAGGGAGGUGUGGGCCCGGGACAGGCCUAAAGAGCAGAGCGCAAAGUGCGACACCGCCACCGGCUGGAGCUGCGAGUUUUCUUUUACGGGCGCCUAGAAAUUCUACCGAGAGCCUUGGGAAGAACGCCCUCAAUAAAGAUGAAGGCCGUCACCAGUUACUUUAAGCACACAUGAAGCCGAGGGGCAGAAACCGGAUGUGAACGGGUUUUGCGGUAGGCGGUCCUGCCAGCUUCCAAGAUGGCGUACCCAUUGUGCUAAGCCCAGAGAAGCACUCAAGGAAGCGCGCGGGAGUCACUUCCGCCAGGUUCUCCUUCUCGCGGUCUGCAGCCAGGGUAAGAUGGCGGCAUUGAGGGCUGUCCAAGGUCUCCGGAACCUCGGGGCUCAGGUCCUGCGGCCCGGGGCUAGGAUCCAACUGCCGAUUCAGCCCAGCAGAGGGGCUCGGCAAUGGCAGCCAGAUGUGGAAUGGGCACAGCAGUUUGCAGGACCUGUCAUGUACCCCACCAAAGAAACAGCCCACUGGAAGCCUCCUCCUUGGAAUGAUGUAGACCCUCCAAAGGACAUAGUAGUGAAGAACCUUACCCUGAACUUCGGGCCCCAACACCCAGCAGCCCAUGGAGUCCUGCGACUAGUGAUGGAACUGAGUGGAGAGAGUGUGCGGAAAUGUGACCCUCAUGUUGGGCUUCUUCAUCGUGGCACUGAGAAGCUCAUUGAAUACAAGACCUAUCUGCAGGCCCUUCCAUACUUUGACCGGCUAGAUUAUGUGUCUAUGAUGUGUAAUGAACAGGCUUAUUCACUAGCUGUGGAGAAGUUACUAAACAUCCAGCCUCCUCCCCGGGCACAGUGGAUCCGAGUACUGUUUGGAGAAAUUACACGGAUCUUGAACCAUAUCAUGGCCGUGACCACACAUGCCCUGGACAUUGGUGCCAUGACCCCUUUCUUCUGGAUGUUUGAAGAACGGGAGAAGAUGUUUGAGUUCUAUGAGCGAGUAUCUGGAGCCCGAAUGCAUGCUGCUUAUAUCCGACCAGGAGGAGUGCACCAGGAUUUACCCCUUGGGCUUAUGGAUGACAUUUAUGAAUUUUCUAAGAACUUCUCUCUUCGGAUUGAUGAGGUGGAGGAGAUGCUUACCAACAAUAGGAUCUGGCGAAAUCGGACAGUUGACAUUGGGGUUAUAUCAGCAGAAGAUGCACUUAACUACGGAUUUAGUGGAGUAAUGCUUCGAGGAUCAGGCAUUCACUGGGACCUACGGAAGACCCAGCCCUAUGAUGUUUACGACCAGAUCGAGUUUGAUGUUCCUAUUGGCUGUAGAGGAGACUGCUAUGAUAGGUAUCUGUGUCGGGUAGAAGAGAUGCGCCAGUCCCUUCGAAUCAUCUCACAGUGUCUGAACAAGAUGCCUCCUGGAGAGAUUAAGGUUGACGAUGCCAAAGUGUCUCCACCUAAGCGAGCAGAGAUGAAGACUUCCAUGGAGUCAUUAAUUCACCACUUUAAGCUGUACACUGAGGGUUACCAAGUUCCUCCAGGAGCCACAUACACUGCCAUUGAGGCUCCUAAGGGAGAAUUUGGAGUGUACCUGGUGUCUGAUGGCAGCAGCCGCCCUUAUCGGUGUAAGAUUAAGGCUCCUGGUUUUGCCCACUUGGCUGGU